AUGAUAACUGAGUAUACGUGUAAUUAUAAAAAAUCAUUAAGUUUAUUCAAACAAUUAAGUGAACUAAAUCUGUACGUUCGUAUAUUGAAAGUAAAUCCUGUAUUUUUGUCUCACGUGAAUCCUACGAAUAAAAAUCUUUUUAUAUUAAAUUUAGAAUGUGAAAAUUCCACUGAAUUUUUACGAAAAUCUAAUCAACUUAAUUAUUUCGCCUCCCCUUAUAAAUGGUUAAUAUUCCAUUCUAAACCUUUGAAUGAGACUAUAGAAAAAAAUUUCAAAAAUUUGGAUAUUCUAAUCGAUAGUGACGUCACGUUGUGCCAAAAUCUACACAACGACACUGUUGCAGUCACAAAAAUAUUCAAAUAUCGAUCAAAUUAUCCAAUAGAAAUCGAAAACGCCGGCUACUGGACUAAAAAUGGCGGUUAUAACGAUCUCGAUAUGGAAAAAAUAGCUGUAAGAAGAAGAAGGAAUAUGAAAGGAGCUACACUAAAUACGUGCGUAGUAGUCACAAAUAAUGACACUUUAAAUCAUUUAACUGAUAAAAGGGACAAACAUAUUGACAGUAUAACCAAAGUCGAUUUCGUCUUAGUAAAUCACCUUGGGGAUAUUGUAAACGCUACCCUUAACUUCAGUUUUGUAUCAUCGUGGGGGUAUAAAAUGAACGAUUCCCAUUGGAAUGGAAUGCUGGGGUGUUUAGAAAGAAAAGAGGCUGAUAUAGGAGGAACUGCUUUAUUUUUUGUGGCAGAUCGUUUGGAUGUUAUUGAAUACAUUGCAAUGGUAACACCGACGAAAUCAAAAUUUGUUUUCAGAGCCCCUAAAUUGUCCUACGUUACCAACGUGUUCACUUUACCCUUCGAUAGACAAGUUUGGAUAUCAACAUUUUUCCUCGUAAUCCUAAUUGGAUUAUUAAUUAAUUAUAUAUUGAAAUGGGAAAUUUAUAAAAAAAAAUCAGAAAACGAAACUUCGUACGCGUUGCAGAAAGUCGAUCAAGUAGAAGUUGCUCUGAUAUCGUUCGGAGCGGUUUGUCAACAGAGUUCUACGGUCAUACCGACUAGUAUACCGGGUAGAAUCACAACUAUAUUGUUGUUUAUUUCACUGAUGUUUCUUUAUACGUCAUAUUCGGCGAAUAUAGUGGCUCUAUUGCAAUCGUCUUCAUCUGGUAUACGUACUUUGGAAGAUCUGUUGAAAUCUAGGUUGCAAAUUGGAGUAUUUGAUACAGUCUAUAACAGACACUAUUUCCCGAAAGCUAAGGGGGCCGUACGCAGAGCCAUCUACGAACAGAAAGUCGCGCCUCGAGGUCAAAAAGAUCAUUUUAUGCCGUUGGAGGAAGGGGUGAGGAAAAUUCGAGAAGGGUUGUUCGCUUUUCACAUGGAAACCGGCGUUGGAUAUAAAGUAAUAGGGGAAAUUUACCAGGAAUAUGAAAAAUGCGAUUUGCAAGAAAUUCAGUAUUACGAUUUUACCGAUCCGCACAUAGCGAUACAAAAAAAUUCACCUUACAGAAAACUCUUCAAAAUCGGUUUUAGAAAAAUCUGGGAAAGUGGAUUGCAACCAAGAGAAGUAAAUUUAAUCUAUACUAAAAAACCGACUUGUACAUCGCGAAAUUCGAGUUUCAUCAACGUCGGUUUGGUAGAUUGUUAUGCGGCUAUCAUGGUAUUAGUAGUCGGUGUAAUAAUCUCACUAUUAAUAUGGUUGUUAGAAUUAAUUUUCCAUAAAAGGAGUCUAGUGAAACAACGGGCGUACGAUAUUAAAAAUUAUCCCAAAUAUUAACGAAAAUGUACCAAAAUAUACGUAGAAUAAAAAUUAGCAGC